AUGGCACGGUUUUUGUCGAAGAGGCGUUUCGUCUACUCUCUGGCCUGCCUGGGGACCUUCUCUCUCCUGCUCUCCGGCUAUGCACUGCUCUACAGGACUCGGCCGGCUAGUGAGGGAGAAGAGGCGGGCCACCCGUUCAGUCUGUUGGUAGAGAGAGAAGUCAGAGGAACUCCCUCUCGCCUUCUCCACCAGCUGCGGGACAAAAUUGGGAGGCUCCCUAAUUCCAACCUGAUUGUCUCUUCCCGUGCAAACACCACCACUGCUAUUUCACAGCCGUCGCGGAGUACACCAGACAAUCUCCAGGUGGGCCUGCCAGAGACACUCAAGGAAAGGUUCCCUCACUUCAUGAUCGUUGGAUUCGGGAAAUCCGGCACGAGAGCGCUCUACAAUGCCCUGAGGCUACACCCUCAGCUGGCAGGACCUCAGAAAGAGGAGCGGUUCUUCUCCCUCAAGUACGGGAAAGGACUCUCCAAGUAUCUCUCGUCGUUUCCACCGAGGCCUCGAGGAGGCUAUCUCAUCGAGAAAAGUCCAGACUAUAUCCUCCGGCCAAAGGUACCAGCACGGAUCACUGCAGCUGCAGAGCUGGCUGGGAGAAAACCAGAAGACCUGAAGUUUAUAGUCAUCACAAGAAACCCAAUCGAUAGGGCAAUGUCGGAAUAUCUAGAGUGGAACAUACAGAGAAGAAAAUUCAAUUCUCCCAAACUACCUCCGUUUGACGAGAUGGUGCUCAAAGACGGCGUCCUGCAUACCGAGCAACCGUUUAUCAACGCCAGUUGCUACGAGUACCACAUAGCCUCUUGGCUGAAGACGUUUAGCCAGAAUCAGAUGUGCUACGUGAACGGGGAUGCUUAUGUAGAGCACCCGUUUCAACAAGUCCACAUGUUAGAGUUGUGCAUGGGACUGGAGCCUUUCUUCAGUGAAGAAAACUUUGUCUUCGACAAGAAGAAAGGGUUCUACUGUUUCAAGAGUGGGUCGGACACCCAGUGUAUGGGCGGGGCCAAAGGGAGACCACACCCACAGAUAUCGGACGACGUUAGCACACAUCUAGUGGAGUAUUUCCAUCAGUGUAACUCACACUUAGCACAACACACAGGUUUUGAAAUCGGCUAUUGA